CAACAAUGACAACUUUGAUUACGUAAAUCAACCUCCAUUCAUGAACCACUAACCGUAUGAGCUCCAACAUCUGCGAGCAAGAAAACUCUCACAACAAAAUAAUCCGCUCAAACCACUAUGGCUGUGCGAUCACCUGGUUGAUUUUUUGAUCAUCUUAUAUAAAAUCAAAAGUGGAAUGGAAGUGUUUUCUGUAGUAGGAUUAACAGGUAAAAUUCAAAAGUAAGUCGAGCUUUAAUAGAUAACGGAAGCCGAGAAACCACCAAUCUCUGCUCGUCAAAAGGCCCACACCUAUGAGAUCUUGAUAAUUUGCAUUUACAAACACAACACAAGUAGCGUUUCGCACGUCGUGUUUUGUUUGGCUCUCUACAGUGCAGCUGUUUGUCUGUGCAGUACGAUCUCUGCUCUCUAGCUUCGGAACUCUUUAAAAUGGCUGAUAUCAAAUUGAGCAAAGUCAAGGGAAAGCUGCAGGGAUUGAAGGAUAAAAUCGAAAAGGCCGAAGAUCAUUACAAUGAAUGUAACGCCGAGCUUCGAGAGAUAGAAGAAGCCUGUGACAAAAAUGAAGGCGAGGCAGAGUCCUUCAAACGAAGAAUUCGCCUCGUUCAAGAUGAACUGACGAAAACUACGGAAGUUCUUUGCGAGAAGCAAGCUAGAUUGGCCGAAAUACAGGCAAUUUCAAGCGAGCAUGAAGUCGCCUGCAAAGAGCUGGAAGGGAUAGACCGCGAGAGCGACGAAAAACUGACUGACAUGGAAGAGAAGGUUCUUGCAGCCAUGCAAUUAGCAAAGGAAUCCGAUACACGUCUUCAAGAAGCGAAACAAAAAUAUAGAGUCACUGUGGCCGAAGUGGACAAGACAAAAGAGCGUGCCGAGACCCUAGAAGGAAAAUGUCAGGAGUUGGAGAGCUCUAUUUCUGACAACAGCUGCAAAUUGAGGGACAUGGAAGGUCGAGAUGCUGAGUCUGCGGAAAAAGAACAAGAACUUCUAGAGAAGUUGGAGUUCUUAGAAGAACAGCUGAAAGAAGCAGUUGCCCGCGCAGAAGAAGCCGAACGCAAAGUGCAACCCCAAGAAGGCAUCAUCGACGACCUGACGCAAGAACACGACUCUUAUGCGGACAAAAUCAAAGAUAUCGAGCAAGAGAUGAAGAAAAUGGAAGACAUGGUGGAAGCUUCAAUAGAUGAUGUUGAUGUGCAAGAGCCUAGAAAGGUAACAGAUCGCUAUCAAGUGCAGGAAGAGGGUGACCCAGAACCGACAGAUCCCGAACUCGAACCACUGCCAGAACCCGACAGGUCCGACGAGGAAAGAGAUGAAGACUAAAAUAAUCCCGUAUUCGGGUUUUAUGCGCUGUAACUGAUCCGUAAGUUUGACAAUGCGAACUCGUGAAUACGACUAGUUUUAUAAAUGAACUAAUUUGUUGCUUUAGGAGUGAAAUUAGAAUUUCACCUUUAUCAUAAGUAGUUUGUUUGAAAUCUUAAAAUUACUCUAGGAGCCUUUAAAUCUUUAUUUUACAACCAGUUGAUUGCAAUCUUAAUUACAUGGUUUUAAUUUCAAGGUGGAUACGACCAGCUCAGUGGGUGCUCUAUCAACUUGGACGUUUCUUUUAAUUGUCUGUCAAUUCAAUUAAUUUAAUUCAUUACAACUAACUCCUUGAGUGAAGUGCUGACUUUAGAAUAAACUUCUUUAUUUGCAUUGGA